AUACAUAUAACCGAAUGUAUAUAUGGACUAAAUAUAUAUAGCUUUAAAUAGUAAUGUUUUUAUCGCUUAAAAACUUAUUGGAUUUUCGCGUAUCGGUCAAUGAAAUGUUAUAGCGAAAGAACGACAGCCCGCGUACGUCUUUCGUAUGAUUCCGCCCCUCCCAUAGCCUUAAACGACGGAACCGUUGACAACACCACGAAGCCUGCUUGUAGAAGCAGAUCGUUCGAAAAAGAGAAAUCAUCCGGUGUUGGCAGAUCUCGGAGAACAAGUGUUUCAUUUUUUGUGUCCUAAAGUCAUCAAUGUAAACGACUUGUGUUUUAUAUUAUCGUCCUACAAAUCUGUUAGGCCAUGGUACCUAACGAGGAGGAAAAUACGCCGACAGGUGCUGAUGUACUAUUUCAGCAACAUUCAAUCGCUGAGAUAGUGGAAAUUCGUCAAAAGAUACUUCAAGAUAUUAGCAAAAAAAAUCAGGAUCUCCGCGAGAUGGUGGGUGAACGCUAUCGUGAGCUAAUUGAUGCUGCAGAUACUAUACAAAAUAUGAAACAACUAGCCGAUGAAUUGCCCUCUAAGCUACGUCAGUUACCCUUUCGUUGUGAACAAUUUAAACCCAGGUCAUUAAAUGUGUCGACUAGAGACCCUCAAGUUUUCGCCGAUUUCGUGCAGACCAAAUUAGUUUUAGACAUAGGCGCACGACUAGGACCGUUAAUCGAAGCUCGUGAAAUGAUUUCUUCCGCAGCCCUCAUAGCGUUAGCACAGCUGGCUGUACGUGGGCAUCAACUUCGUGAGCAACUGUUAGCAACUUGUCAGAAAUCGCUCCGGACAUCGACCCGUAUGUUGAGCAAUGGCUGUUUAACUGCAAUGGCUGAUCCCGACUGCAACUCGGACUCACUUAGUGAAGCUUUGUGCGCUCUCGCCAUUCUUGAAGGCCAUAGGCCUGAGAAACUCGUCGAAAUGUUCUUCCAGCAACGUACUAAUUACCUCCAACAAGCCCUAGAUGAACAAACAGCACAAACGAAAGACAAGUUUCGAAAUGUGGCGCGCUAUCUUAUUUUUACACUUAAUUUAGCCCACUCUCUAGCCGGAGACCCACCUGAUCUCGUGAGAUACUUUCAGAACCAUCGUAUCAACUCACAUGGAAUCGUAUCGCUUGUUGAAGACCCACUUUCUCUGGCUACCCAGUUUCUACCGAGGCAUCUGGCCCAAUUUCGCUGUGUAUUGCCAGAGGCCUUAAGUGAUACACGUCUUUUAGUUGGGCCAACAGUGGUCCAAGCAGAGGCUUUCCUUGAGCAGAUGCGGCUGAGCUGUCGGCAAAAGCUCACGUUGGAACUGCAAUGUCAUAACGAAUGCCGAAGUAUUGCCAAAGCAUACGACCACCUGCGAACGUCAAUCGACAAAACCCAGAUGUGUGCGGAAUUUCUUGGUAAGAAGACACCAGACAUCUAUGAAACAUUCUUUCAGGAAGCUAUCGUUGUACGCAUCGCGGGUAUCUUCGAGGACAUUCUUCAUACAGCCACCGAACAGCUUCUCACAUCCAUCCAUUCAAGUUUUCAGGAAGCAGCCCGUGUAAAAUUUUCCAACGUACCUUCUCUUUGUAAGGCUUUUGAUUCUUCCGUUAAGUCAGCCAUGGACCAAUUAUCCGAGUUUGUUCCGUUCCGGGAAAUGGCUUCGGCCGAGCACCGUUCCCUCGCCAAACUGACGAGCGCCUCUGCCGAGCAAAUGCUCACGCGGGUCUGCGCUUUCAUCGCUCAAUGUGUCGAGAGCGGGGUUCGAUGCUGCUAUUUCCUUUCCCUUCUGUCUCAUUUAGCUUUCGCUCUAACCAACUGUGUGCAUCUACAGCAGGUCUUUGGCAACAAUGACUGGUUACAUCGCAAGGAAUCGUUGUUAGAAAGUAGAAAUCUAGCUACCUUAACGGCCCUUAAAAUACUUAUUGAGGAAAAUCUGGAGCCUUUUAAGAAAUCUUUUAACAUCCCUGUCGCGCAUAUACUACUCAAGCUAGCUUCAGUGAAAGUCAAAGUGGAUCUUAGCGAUGAAGGCGAAGAGGGUGUCCCGGUAUAUACCUCGAUCUAUUUGCCCCAGCAUGCCGUAUUGCCUCUUAAUCAGUUGCUGUUUAUCAUUUGUGUCCGCAUCCGUGAAAUAAUGGAUUGUGCAAUUUCUAAGAAGGUUAUUCUUCAGGCAAACCAGCUGCUUCACGAAGCUGUAGAACAGGUCUACCAAAAAGUACUGGACCAGCGUGCUGGCCUUCCCGCCUCUGCUCAGCAAGAACUGGCAUUACAGCUUCUCUUUGACAUCGAGUACCUCGAGAAGCUGCUAGCUACACGCGCUAACGAGAACUUAGUCUACCAGCUAACCUCCCUUAUCGAUCCUGUCGACUUACAUAUGUUUCGACCACACCUUGAUGAAGGCGUUGUAGGCCUUGUAGCUCAAACAGCGAUGAUCUUUGGUCUAAUUUGUCCACAAGGUGCGCUGGGAAAACCGCGUAAACAAACUAGUCAGGACCAUAACGUUAUGACCUUAGCGAAAUCGUCAACACAGCUCUUUAGUCUGCUCCCUGUUGGGAUGCCACAGUAUCUUAAGAGGUAACCAAUGAGCUACUCGGAGCUCUGAAUACAGCAUAACUAUUUUAUUAACUAAUUCACUGGUGAUCUGGCGUCCCUCGCAGUAAGUGUGCAUUGAUCGCAAACGUACGAUUGUUAAUACGCAAGUAGGGAUUUACUAUGCCACACAUAUAUAUACGAUGCUAUACAACGAUAAGGUGCAAGAUUUUCGUAGGACGAUAAUGUACCUGGUACACCAGAAACGACGUUACAGGCGCUAAAGCGUAGCAAAACUUGUCAUUGACGUUUCAUUGCCUUUCACAACUUCGAAGGUGAAACGGUAUCUUAGCUGCCUUCCCGUUUUUUUUCGGACAGAUGACUGUACAUACUUGAUAUUUAUGCAUUUAAAUAAUAAACUUUCACUAACAUCAAGUCGAUGUUUUUCUCUUUAGGUUAGAGAAAAUAUUAGUAGUACUCUACAUAAUUACUUAAUCAUAUUAAUUUCAACGAGUACAUGUACUACACAAUAAUAGUAAUAAUAAUAGAGGUUCGAGACAAAUUUUAUAGUUAGUCGGAAAUAGAAAGACAGGGAGCUUUAUACGCGAUAGUGAAAAUGACUAAACAUUUAUGUGAUGUCCACGAGAUUUGAUUAUAUCGUCAUGAAAAACGACGCUUAUAAAAUUAAUUAAAAGCGGUAAUUGUUUACUUUUUUUUUUACCAUAAACAAAGAUCAAGAACAGAAGCACACGUAUUCAAAAGCAGAAUGCAUGCCAAUUAAGCGGAAUCUUGACUCCAAUGCCUGCAGCCCAAAAAUCUAUAAAUCAACAAUUUUUAAACAAAGGUAGUGUAUUGAAUUGAGAAUUAACGGCUUGUCUCAUACUAUACGUUCAAAUCGACGUUGCCAUCGUGGUAAAUAAAAGCAUUUAAUGAUCAUCGUAUCUGCGAUUCAUUUGAUAUGGAGUGACGGUCUAACUAUACUGGUGGGUUGAAAAAUGUAAUAUAAACACUACGAAAUAACUCCUCGAAAGCUAAUAUUAUCAAAGCAAGUGAGUCUAAGAUUUGUCAGCAUGAAACCUUGUUGAUUAUAUUCUUAUUUCAUCGCAGAACUAGAACCAUAUUAUUAUACCGGUGCUAAUGUACGAAUAAAGCAUAAUCUAUGCUCAUAGUACAUACACUAUAAUAUCUCUGCUUAAAUAAUAUAAUAAUAAUUCAUAUUUGUUUGUUGUGACAAAGCUGUUCAACUCAUUCGAGCAACAAAGACUAUAGUUAAUAAG